UUAAAGAAUAGUUUUUUUAAAUGAAAAUAAUGAGUAAUGAUGAUAUUUACGUUCAGGUCAAUGAACUUCAACUGAAUGUUAAAAUAUGAAUAUGAUUAUAUUAUGUUAUUUAUCAUAAUUUUUUAACUCACUUGUGUAAUGCAUAUCGAAUACAUUUGCGGUGGAAUACAUGACCACAAAAUGGUGUAUUCAAUUCCUGGCCAUCAAAAAGUUUGUCGGAACAAAUCGUACAUUCGGCUUGUGUAAUGUUCAUCAUGAAAAAAAAACAAUGUUCAUGGAACAAGUGUCAAAUGAAAACUGUUUCAAUAUGUCAAUCGCGCCAAUAACUUACCGCCAAUAAAUAACACUUGUGCCAACUUUACGCAUCACUUGUCAAACUUUGUGCAUUUCAUUCACAUCAUUGUUUUGAAUUUUAUCCGGUGAACCAAAAUGCGUGGAAAAAGUGCUAAAAAUGAUAAUAGAGUGUCUCGAGGAACAACUCGCGACAACUAUUUAUGUGAAGCAUACGGUUGUUCACCAUGUUUUGUACGCACACCAAAAUUGACCAGUAUCGAUGUGGCUCGCAUUCGUCGAAGACUGGUUAAACCCCAACGCACCCAACCAAAACGCAAGGCAAACAGCCCAAAGAAUUUGAGCCCAAAAACUAAGCGCCGUCGUGAUGAAAGUUUAUUCACCCCACCGGUCCCAUAUCCAGUUAAAAUGGUGGAGGUUCAAACAAUGAACAACGAAUUGCAUGCUCACAUUGUGCAGAUCCGCAAUGAGCAUAAUUAUUCCAGCUGAAAAAUUGGCGAUAAUUCGUUUUUCAUUAUGUCAUUUUUGCAUCAAUAUAUUGAAUAAAUGGUUCAUUGACCUUCGAACUUAAACUAUUUUGAUUUUUUGGUUGCCUACUUGGUUGGCUCAAACAUCCACAGCUAUUGAUAUAUCAAUAGGAAUGGUGUCAUUGUUUGAAACAAUUUAAAAUGUUUGUGUGCAUCGGAUAUUUUUUAUUUUUAUUUUAAAUUCAUUUCAUACAAUGACACCAUUGUUGUGCAAAGAGAUACAUUGAAUAGGCGCUAUUUUCUUGUUGACAUAUCGAUAUUUCGAAUGUUUGACUUGGCUACUUUGCAUUCUAGCGGCAGUGUUCACUUGUAUUUAAAUUUUUCAUUUUUCAGUCUUGUUGAAAUUCUCUUGCGAUUAAUAGUAUAUCGAUUGAGAAAUAAUUUUAAAAAAUGGA